GUGUUCCCCUACAAGCACCACCACCACCACCACCCUGUCCCCUCUCUCUCUCUCUCUCUCUCUCUCUCUUCUCUGGCGGCGUACACUUCGCCGCUCCCGCAGACUCGCCCAACAAUGCCAGAAGACCAAGAAACAGAACACCCGCUUCUCUGAGGCAACGCCCGAUAAAAAAAUCUCGCCUUUUUCGCAACUUCCCCUGCCCCCGGAAUCUCUCUCUCCCUCGCUACCCAUCUCCGGAAACAGACGCGAACCCAUGAUUCCCACGACCACGACUAUGGCGGGUCCGGCGGUUUGCAGGACCGAUUCGAUGGAGAGCAGCGGCGGCGGCUACAGCUGCAGCUACAGCCACCGGAUGAUGGAGAAGCGGCAGCUGUUCCUGAGGAGCUACCAGUUCAGCAGGAAGAGGAGCUUGAGCGAGCGGAUUCGGAGGUCGCUGAGGCGGGUCAAGCGGGUCGUCUGGUUCAGGCUCCGGUCGGCUCGGCGGUUCAGGAGGCUCGUCUGGGCCAAGCUCUGCAGGUCGGUCCGGCUUCAUGUGCGCGGUCAUGGCUGUUCCGGUCUCUGCUACUGCAACGGCAAGAGAGGAGGAAGGAGGAGAAGAUCGAACUUCUUACGCCUCCUCAAUCCUAGUAGUAGUCACAACAGUAGCUGCGACUCCUGCUUCUGGUAGUGCAAACCAAGAACAAAAGGACAUUCUUUUCUACCUUUUUCCUUUCCUUUUAUCUUUUUUUAAUCUUAAGUUUUGAUUUCCUUUUAGAGGGUGGGGUGCUUUGCAUGGUAGAUCGAAUCUGGUGAAAAUUGAUAGGAAUGUCAUGAUUUGCUCCUAGUUCAGUUCAGAUGUUGCAGUUUUCUGGUCUGUCCCUUUACAUUCUCUGCUUCCUUUGUAAUGAUAGAAAGAUUUUAUUUCCAAGUAGAUUAAAGAUUGCUCCA